CGAGAAGGAAUAUUAAACAACUCUUUAAAGAAAUCAAAUAAUUGAAAUGAAUAAUUAUAAUGGUAUUGUAAUGCGUUGUAUGACUUAUUUUUCUACUAAAUGAUAAUAUAAGAGAUAUGUUAUCGGAACGUAAGAUUACCCUGAUGUAUUGAGAUUACUUUGUAAGUUGUUUAGUGGUAAGGGAUGUGUUGAACCUAAAUGCGAGUGUAUAUAAAACAUUUUAAUAAAACUUAUAAGAUAUCUUAUAGAUUGAUUAAUAAUAUAUAGUUACAAAACAAACCCCACCAUUCUUUUAAACUCACAACCUCCACUCUAUUAGUUUGGUUGCAACCACAACACACUAAAAGACAAAGGCCCACAACUUUCUCUUCAAGCACUUCUACACAUCACAUUUCAUCAAUAUUCCAAACAAUGAUUAUGCAUGUAAUCCAUAUUCAUUAGGAUUUAUCUUUCCUUCCUCAAUAUUAUUUUCAGGAUGACAAAUGGGAAGACAAUUGGUUCAAGAAUGAAUUAGGCAUUUAGCUACUUCCUUUAAAUAUUCUUAAAAUUUAGAAAUUAUUGUUGACCAAAUAUCCUGAUUUUAUGGGUUUAUAAUAUAAAGGAAAAUGACUAAUAUAUUUAUUUCAUUUUUUCUUCGUAAUAUACGUAAUUUUGAUUUACACACAUAUAUAGUUGGCCCUCCAACAAAUAAAGAAAUCAUAGAGAGAAAAGAGAAGUCCCUCCAAGAUUAUGAGCGAAGAAGAAGACGGCUCAAUGAGUGUUAAAAGCAGUCUCUCAAGCUUCCUCAAGAUCUUAUCUUCUUACAACUCCAAUGUCCUUUUAGCUGCUCUAGUCUUCCUUCUCUUAGUCGUCCUCUUCGUCUUGCUUCUUCAUUUCUACGCUCGCUUUUUCUGGUCUCCCUCUCAUCAAGAUUUCUCCGCCGCCGGUAGAAACCGCCGGAGAAGACGAAGAAACCGGAGAAGAACAGUAACGACAACAAGAAUCAUACCUUCUCUCUCACUCGGAGGUUUCGAUGGUGGAGUUAAUGCUCCUGCUACUGCUACUACUGCUGCAACAAACGAUGACAAAGGUUUGGAUUCUUCAGUGAUUUCUUCGAUUCCUCUGUUUGUUUACGAAGAAGACGAGGAAGAGGAGGAAGAAGAAGAAGAGUGUGUGAUAUGUUUGGGUUUGUGGGAAGCUGGUGAUUUUGGAAGAAAGUUGAGAAAUUGUGGACAUGGGUUUCACGUAGAGUGUAUAGAUAUGUGGUUGUCUUCUCAUUCUACUUGUCCUCUCUGUCGAUCCCCUGUUCUCGCCGUGGCCUCCGAUGAAGAAAACCUCAAGCCGGCCGUUAACGCCGUCGAAGAAGAAGCAGAGGUUAGAUUGCAAAUUUUUCCAACCGGAGAAGACGAAAAUAACGCCGGUGAUCGGAGAUUUUCAGUGUCUCUUCCUGUAAUGGAGGAGGAUGAUCUCAAAACAGGGGAUGAUGACGGAGACGUCGUAGAAGAAGAGGUUAGAAUUGAAGUGUUUGAUGAUGAGGAGAUCAACGGUGGAGGAUCAAGAAGUGAUCGGAGAAGAUCAAUGUCAAUGACGUCAUCAGCAUCGAGUUCGUUGAUGAGAAUGUUAAGUAGUAGUAGAUCGGAGCGUAACAAAGUGUUCCCGACGGCGAGGCAAGAUUCGUCUAAGUAAAAGUGUUAUAUAGAUAAUAUAAAAAAUGUUGUGAAGUGUGAACAAUUUUGGAAAUGAAACAUGAAUAACCUAAAGAGGUAAUCUAUUUGAUUAAGCUAAUCAGUAUGAUUAUU